AUGACCCAGCUCUGCUUACCCAGGCCUGAAGCCCUUGCUUAUCCUAUCCCUGUCCCUCCCAGGGGCCUGGGUGCUGGGGAGGGAUUAGGUAGUCCAGUGGGUUCAUGUGUGUUCUCCUGGGGCCUUAGCCGGGCCCAGCUCCUGGACAGUGUCCUAGGGCUGGGAGCACUGGGGUUGACAAUUCGGGCAGUCUUUUCCAUGGCUGGACCAGCCUUGCUACUGCUGGUGCUACUGGUCAGCUUCCUGGCCUUCGACCUGCUCCACAGGACCGCAGGUCCCACCCAGCCACAGCACACACUUCUCACAGGAGGCCAAAGCCAGGGGGCCGGCGAGGGUCCAAGACAGCAGGAAGCUCUACUCCUGCGGACAGUGUCAGUCACGGGACGACUCAGCCUCCAGGAGACUCUGCUACUGCUGGUUCUGGGCCUGGAGCUGCUCCUGGGCCUGGAGCUGCUCCUGGGAGCCCAAUGCAUGCCCUUGGUCCUGCUUGGCGUGAUUUUCUGCCUCCAUCCUUGGGCCUGACUGCCCUCCAGAAAUACACUGGCCAUACAGCUCCUUCAGGACUCCUUUGCU